UCCUCGCGGACGCGCCGUUCCGGCUCCCGGGCUCCGCCUGUGCGCGGCCUCCUCGGCGCAGCCAUCCUCGCGGCUGCCGAGGGCGGCAAAGCCCACGGCAUCUGCCAUUUGUCAUUCAGCCCGUCGGUACCGCCCCGAGCCUUGAUUUAGACACGUCUGGGGCGGAUUCUGGCCUCACUCUCCUGGCGGACGGACCGACGGACGGACGGGGCGGCUCUCCUCCCAGCCCAGCGGACCGCGGGCCUUGGCGCGCGGGGCGCUUUCCCGGGUCGCCGUCAUGGCCGCGGAGGCGGCGCGCCCGAGCUGCCGCGCCUGAGUUCCGGGGGGCUCCGGACCCCGCAGGUUUUACGACAGAGCGUGUCUAGAUCUGGACCUUUCAUUCUCCUGGAUUAAUUGUGUUCCCAUCUCUAAGGUUUUUCCUGCCUGAUUGACACCAUAGUCAUCAUUGGCUUUUGAUUGCUCUCACGUCUGAUGUGGCCUCAGUUUCAUGUCACAUCUACCCCUCUGCACCUCAGACUUAGAAAGGUAUUUGCAUAGGCAUCAGCGGAGUUAAUCUUGUUUGAAGCCUCAAGCUUCCGAGAGGACUCGCUGCCUGCCUCGGAGCCGUCUCCUGUCGCCGAGUAGGGUGAGCCGUUACCCUCACACACUUCCUGGGAAGGAAUCGGCCUUUUCUUUUCCCUAGAAUGGUAACCGUAUUAGGACAAUAGGCCCUGUCGAUAAUUAGACACUCCGGUGAUCCAGGACAUGCCCCAGCUCUGGUGAUGCAGAUUGCCUUUCUGCUCCUGGAACCUCAUCUGUGCCUCAGACUUUCUCCUCUCAGCCUGAGCCUGCGUGGAAACUGGGAUGUGGGAAGCAGGAAGCAGAGCUAGUGGUAACUGAGAGGCCCAUGUCUGGGUAGAACCAGGCCCAGGACCACGAGGCUGCCUCCCCCCCUGGCCUGGAUUCAGCUGCUGUGGCUCUGCUGAUGUGCUCAGCACCAUCCUUCUAUUUGUACUUAAAUGGCACAGCAUUUGGUCAGCGUAUCUGAAAAGGAAGGUGUGAGAGACAAAGCCCAUGGCCACCUACCCCUGCCAAUUAUGUGGCAAGACGUUCCUCACCCUGGAGAAGUUCACUAUCCACAAUUAUUCCCACUCCAGGGAGCGACCUUACAAGUGCUUGCAGCCAGACUGUGGCAAAGCCUUCAUUUCCAGAUAUAAAUUAAUGAGGCACAUGGCUACCCAUUCACCCCAGAAAUCUCACCAGUGUGCUCAUUGUGAGAAGACUUUCAACCGGAAAGACCACCUGAAAAACCACCUCCAAACCCACGACCCCAACAAAAUGGCCUUUGGGUGUGAGGAGUGUGGGAAGAAGUACAACACCAUGCUGGGCUACAAGAGGCACCUGGCCCUCCACGCGGCCAGCAGCGGCGACCUCACCUGCGGGGUCUGCGCCCUGGAGCUAGGGAGCACAGAGGUGCUGCUGGACCACCUCAAAGCCCACGCGGAAGAAAAGCCCCCUAGUGGAACCAAGGAAAAGAAGCACCAGUGCGACCACUGCGAGAGAUGCUUCUACACCCGGAAAGACGUGCGGCGCCACCUGGUGGUCCACACAGGCUGCAAGGACUUCCUGUGUCAGUUUUGUGCCCAGAGAUUUGGGCGCAAAGACCACCUCACGCGACAUACCAAGAAGACGCACUCACAGGAGCUGAUGAAAGAGAGUUUGCAGUCUGGAGACCUUCUGAGCACCUUCCACUCCAUCUCUCCUCAGUUUCAACUGAAGGCUGCCCCACUGUCUCCUUUCCCUUUAGGAGCUCCUGCACAGAAUGGGCUUGCAAGUAGCUUGCCAGCUGAGGUACACAGCCACACCCACAACCCCUCGGAGCAAACCUCCCAGCCUGUACAAGCGCUGCCAGAGCUCCUGGCCCCCCUCCACCCCGUAGCACCCCCCACCUCUCCCCCCCAACCCCUCCAGAAUCACAAGUACAACACCAGUUCUACCUCAUACUCCCCACUUGCAAGCCUGCCCCUCAAAGCAGAUACUAAAGGAUUUUGCAAUACCAAUUUGCUUGAGGACUUGCCUCUGCAAGAGCCUCAGUCACCUCACAAGCUCAACCCAGGUUUCGAUCUGGCUAAGGGAGGUGCUGGUAAAGUAAACCUGCCCAAGGAGCUACCUGCAGACGCUGUGAACCUAACAAUACCUGCCUCUUUGGACCUUUCUCCCCUGUUGGGCUUCUGGCAGCUGCCCCCUCCUGCUACCCAGAAUGCUUUUGGGAAUAGCACUCUCACCCUGGGGCCUGGGGAAUCUCUGCCCCAUAGGUUAAGCUGUCUGGGGCAGCAGCAACAAGAUCCCUCACUAGCCAUGAGCACUAUGAGCCUGGGCCAGCUCCCCCUCCCUCCCAUCCCCCACGUUUUCCCAGCUGGCACUGGUUCGGCUAUCCUGCCUCAUUUCCACCAUGCGUUCAGAUGACUGGUUUUUAAAGCAUACUUUUCUUAGUCUGGAAGGUGUUUUAAAAAGCAUUUGAAACAUCAGUUAUGAUACAAGGAAAGAUUUGGAAAGCAGGACUGGAAUAUAGCAUAUUCAGUGAUGACUGGCUUGAGAGAAGAGAGUUCUCGAACUGCAUGUAUUGUGCCAAUCUGUCCUGAGUGUUCAUGCUUUGUACCAAAUUUAAUAAGCAAGUAUUCUUUAAUGGAACUACAACUAUUGUCAUAACCGACAUCCAUACGAGGGCUGCUAUAUAUAGGUGUUUGUCAAAUGGAAUUUAAUCGUAAGCCAUGAUCAUAAUAAUGUUAACUAAGUAACUUUAUGUGGCACUGCCUAGUAAGGGAACUAUGGAAAGGUUUGGAUCUCUCCAAAAUGGGAGGAUUUUUAAAAUAUGAAAAUAACCUUUAUAUUGCAUAUUAUUACUAGGCUGUGUAUUUCUUUUCAGGGAUUUUUCUACCUUCAGGGUUGGAUGUAGUUUAGUUACUAUUGCCAUAGCCAACCUGUAGUUUUACAGAAACAAUUUCUUGUGGAAUAAUAGACGUCUCCAUUUUAAAAAAGCAUUUUAAAUGUAGUUUGAAUAUUUUCCACAGGAUGCUACAAUGUGAGUUAUCACUUCAUUUAUCUUAAAGACUAAACUGAUUGUCAGUUACAUCUGACAGAAAAAAAAAAAAAAUCACUGUGUAACCAGGUUAAGUGGUAAAAUAAUCCAGGCGUCAGUCAAAAAAGCAUUUUGCUGACUUUAAUACUGAUUAUAUUUUUAACAGGAAUUUAAAAAAUAUUACUGGAAUUUUAAAAUAUAUAUAUAUAUAUAUAAAACAAUUUCCUUUGCUCUGUCUGGCUUAAAAUACUACUCUGCUUAAAUAUUUUUAAUCACCAGUAAUAAGUAAAUGCAUUUUAAAAUUCAUCAUUUAAGUCAAUAUUAGUUUUAUUCAAAAAAGGUAACGUUUUACAAUGUAACUGUAUCUCUUGAAUUUGGUAUCUAAUGCGUUUUUAAAAUAUAAAACCUAACCUUUUUUAAAGCUCCUUUGUCUUUUGUGUUUAGAGGCUUUCUAUAUGAAGAUAUAUCUUACAUAUAAUAAACUCUACAAAUUCUG